UCUCUCCCUCUCCCCCCCCUCCCUCCUUAGGUUGGCUCGGAUGCAACCACUGUCAGCUCCUCCCCCUCCUUCCCCGUCUUCACCCUUCCUGACAUUCACUCCCUUCCCCUCGCCCUUUGGUUACGUCAGGCGGACACGCCGAUGAGCCAAUCACGGCGCUGUGUUUAGAGGCCGGCAAGCGGAACUGGUCGGAUUGGACCAAUAGGAGCUCUCGGAUCCGGCGCGCCCCAACCGGGCAGGGGAGCCGGGGCCGAGUGGGCGGUGCUUCCCCGUCAGCAUGUGGGCGGGGACCAGCAGCCGCAGAGGCGUCGACGACGGCGGCAGCGACGACGACGUUCCUCAGUCUUCGGGGUAGGCUCGGCGGCGCCGGCAGGGCUGUCCGGAGCGGUCGGCGGUCUGAGGCGGCGGUGGCCCUAGGGAGGCCGCGGCGCCAUGGCGGGGCGGUAGACGUGCUCAGGCCGGCGAGGCGAGAGGCGGCGGUGUUCAUCCGGUCCGCAGCGCCCUUCGGCAGGGGCCGGGGGUGGGGAGGACCGGGGCGGGGGUCGUCGCGGGCAGCGCGGGGCCGCGGGGCGGGGCUCGCAGGCCGUCGGGGUGCAGGAGGCCUGGGCCGCCGCGAGGAGCCGCCGCAGGCCGCUGGGCCCCGCCGCCGGGCCGCUCGACGACGACGCUCCCGCCGGGGCCCCGCCUGAGGAGGACGCGGCCGCGGCGGCUGCGAGGCCGCGGGAGGCCGCGGAGGAUGGAGGAGCGGAAGGAGGAGGGCGAGGCCGAGAUCCAGGAGCACGGGCCCGAGCACUGGUUCUCCAAGUGGGAGCGGCAGUGCCUGGCCGAGGCCGAGCAGGACGAGCAAUUGCCCCCCGAGCUGCAGGAGGAGGCGGCGGCCGCCGCGCAGCCCGAGCACAAGCAGCAGAAGCUGUGGCACCUCUUCCAGAACUCGGCCACCGCCGUGGCCCAGCUCUACAAAGACCGAGUGUGUCAGCAGCCAGGACUUUCUCUCUGGGUUCCCUUCCAAAACGCAGCCACUGCCGUCACCAAUCUCUACAAAGAAAGCGUGGAUACCCAUCAGCGAAGUUUUGAUAUUGGAAUUCAGAUUGGCUAUCAGCGACGCAAUAAGGAUGUGUUGGCUUGGGUUAAAAAGCGCAGAAGAACUAUUCGUAGAGAAGAUUUGAUCAGCUUCCUGUGUGGAAAAGUUCCUCCACCGCGAAACUCUAGAGCUCCCCCAAGACUGACUGUAGUGUCCCCUAACCGAGCUACUUCAACGGAAACUAGCUCAUCUGUAGAGACUGAUUUGCAACCCUUCCGGGAAGCCAUAGCUCUGCAUGGUCUUAGUGGUGCAAUGGCUAGUAUAAGCGUGCGUUCGAGUACCCCAGGCUCUCCUACACAUGUAAGCAGUGGAUCGAAUGCUAGUCGAAGGAGAAAUGGACUCCAUGAUGUCGAUUUGAACACUUUCAUAUCAGAAGAAAUGGCACUCCACUUGGACAAUGGUGGAACUAGAAAGCGUACCUCAGCCCAGUGUGGCGAUGUCAUUACAGACUCACCAACCCAUAAACGCAACAGAAUGAUCUAAACUGCAAACAUUUUCACACCCACCAUGCUGCUUGAAAGCCACUUGAUCCUCAACAUAUACUAUUAUUGCAAAGGAAACAUGAGGCCAUCUUCCCUUGUUCACUGUUUAAGACAAGUGAAUUCUAUAGUGGUUGCCAUAAAAGGAAGUUCUAGGUAUUUACAGUAGAUGCCUCUUGUAACUAUGGCUUUCUUAAAACUGUAGUCCUAGCAGAGGACAUCAGAUAUCGUGUAGUCGUUAGCAAGAUCAUCAUAGGCAAACAUAUAUCUGUUUCAAGGCUAAAAGUGACCUUAACUGUAUUUAUUCUCAAAGGGAAAGGAAGUAUCAGAUGUUUAUUUGGUUAUAGAAUGCUUUUUUUGGGGGGGGGGUCCAUUUCCUGCUGUGUUGAGUAUUUUGCUUCAACAGUAUUGCCAGGUUCCUAAAAUUGUCUAAAACACGUGAUUUGGCUUCCUCGUCAAAUCGCCAGGCUUCCAUUUUUGCAGCAGCACUGUACCAUGCACAUGGUUUCUCUCUAGUAACAGUGUGCAACUUCUGAUUAUUGAACUGUGCCCUAUUUUUAGUUUUCAAAGCAGUUUCUAAUUCUGGUGAUUGUGUGAUGUAAAGAGGUGCUAUGAUGGUCAUGCAAUUAAUACUUAAAUCAAUACACAGAACUUUAUUGGAUUCACUUUGUGUGUGUUAGUGCUCUAAAAGUAGCAAUAUUAUUAAUUUGCCCCCAGAUUAACCUUGUAGGAUUAAAAUACUCAUUUUUAAGACAAGUACUACUUCCCAUGCAGGGUACUGUCCUUAUGGUAAAUGUAAACAUGUAGACUGCAUUCAUGGUGACCUAAAGUAGAGAGGUCAUGAACUUUAUGGGCUUCCUUUUUGGUUCAGUAUUAGAGCGAGAUGGAUGGUGGGAGGGUAGGUAUUCUAGUCUGUUAUAUUCUGUUUUACAUUUUUCAUGAAUGUUCUACUUUGUGCAGUUUCCAUUGGAAUGGGUGGAAGAUAAAGGUCUUUUAUCUGCUAAUAAUGUGAUCACACCUUAAAUAGCAAAACCCAACUCUCCAAUCCCUCUCCUAUAAAGUGCAGUUUGGAAUCUCAUUCUGGAAAAGAUGGAAUCGCAUGGAGGUUCUCUAGAUGUUAGGUAGACUUAAAGUUCUCAAUAGAUUCCUCUUUUGAGUAAAUAUAAGACCUCUUGUACCUACAAUGUUUUAGAGCAUGUUUCAUCUUCAUUUUUAAUAUCUUGAACUGAAUGGUAGUCUUUUUUUAGAUGAAGAACUGAUGUCAGCCUGCCAGGUACUGUAAUUUAUUCUAUCAUAUUAUUAUAAAUGUAUCAAGUUAGGACAGUGAAAAUGUUUUCUUGCAAACUUGUAGCUCAGUAUCAGUUACUUUGUUUUUAUCCUUAAAAGACCAUUGCAAAUCAGUGUAAGGGGUUUUCCAGUAAUUACUCACAGCAGUUUGUUAAAGUUUGCUAUUUCUUCAGCCAUUUAAUAAUCUUUCUGUGAAGAAACUUUGCUAAGUUAACCAUAAUAUUCAUUGACUGGGUGGGAUGUGAAUGUAAUGUGUGAACUGAAGAAGUUCUGUAUUCACUAUAGAUACAGCCCUUAUUUAAAAAGAGUCAAUUCCAUACUAAACCUAGGAAUGAAAGUGAGGCAUUUCUAAAUUUUUGCAAAAGUGGAUCAUUUUUUUUGUUUGACUAUGAUAGGAAGAAUUAUAGCAAUGUAUCAUUUUACCGGAAACGGGUGAGCCUAUGUAUUAUGAAUACUUUCAGGCUUCCCUUUGGAAUAUAUCAAGAAAUGCAUCUGGAGUUAUCUUUGUUUUUCUAUCAUUGUAAAUUUAGAUUCUGGAAUUGGGUUUGGUGGUGUGAAGCAUUGCUCACAAGCAGCCAGAACUCCUCUUCCUAAAGGAUUUUGAGGCUGAGGAACACAUAUUUAAUCUCCCCUUUAUGCCUUGGUUCUAGGUCCUCUUUCCAAGUUAAUAACAAAAAAAAAAAAUUUUUUUUUUGGUGGUUUUUGUUUUAGUUGGUGCUCUGAAGCUUAAUCUCAGUACCCUUUACUCUUCGAUUGUCAAGUUUUGAUAGAACAUGUGCCAUUUUCUUUGGUAAGAGAAAGCAGGUCUUCACGUCUGCCAGAACACAAUUCAUAUUAUCUUAUUAGCUCCAUUAAACUUUUUAAAAACUUCAGCAUUUGUUAACUUUUUUCCAUUGCAUUUAAUUCUAAAUGCUCUGUCACCCAGCAGUAACUCUUCCCCCCAUCUCCGUCCCGUUGCUCUCCUGUGCCACCCGAGCACAGGAUAAACCGAGACCUAGGAGUAGAAAGGGAAAUGAUUUCUCUUAGGAAAACUUAGUUCUGACUGCUAGAUUUUUGCAGCCUUUCUUUGUGCCAUUUUAGAUGCAAAACAAAUCAUGGAAGAUUGCAUAUUUGUGUGAUACUUUUUAAUGUUGGUUUUUUUUUUUUUUUUUUUCAGUCUCUUGAGAACAGUGUAGGCUGACAGUUUACUUUGGGGGAACAGAACCUCUUUUCAUCUUAAGCUAGAUUCUGAUUCUUUUAGAUGUCAUAGCUCAUGAGUUCUGUUCCUGUCACCCUAACUUGGCAUGAGUGGGUUGAGUUAUCCUUAAACUGCAGUGUUCUGAGCAUGGCUGAAGCAUUAAAAACUUAAGUAUAUAAUGUUUGGUAUUUUAUAGAGCAAAAUUAAUGGAAAGCAUUUGGCUGAAUCUAAAGACCUGCAGUCAAAUUCUUCAAUGUGGUUUACCCAACUGGAGUAGUGGUACACACCUUAAAUCAUUCAAUGAAUAAAUAAUUUAAAAAACCAAAAAACUUUGGGGCUUGUCUGCA